ACACCAUUAACCACCACAACCACCACAACUUUAACCACCACAACCACCACCGCAAUUACCACCACCACAACUUUAACCACCACCACCACAACCACCACAACUUUAACCACCACCACCACAACUUUAACCACCACCACAACCACCACAACUUUAACCACCACCACAACCACCACAACUUUAACCACCACCACCACAACUUUAACCACCACCACAACCACCACAACUUUAACCACCACCACAACCACCACAACUUUAACCACCUUAACCACAACCACCACCACAACUGUAACCACCACAACCACCACAACUUUAGUAACCACCACAACCACCACAACUUUCACCACAACCACCACCACAACCACCACAACUGCAACCACCACAACCACCACAACUGCAACCACCACCACAACUGUAACCACCACAACUGUAACCACCACAACCACCACAACUUUAACCACAACCACCACAACUGUAACCACCACCACCACUGUAACCACCACCACAACUGUAACCACAACCACCACCACAACCACCACCACAACUGUAACCACCACAACCACCACCACAACCACCACAACCACCACCACAACUUUAACCACAACUGUAACCACCACCACAACUGUAACCACAACUGUAACCACAACCACCACCACAACUUUAACCACAACCACCACCACAACUUUAACCACAACUGUAACCACCACCACCACAACUGUAACCACAACUGCAACAACCACCACAACCACCAGCACCACAACUGUAACCACAACCACCACCACAACCACCACAACUUUAACCACCACAACUGCUACAACUUUAACCACAACCACCACCACAACUGUAACCACCACCACAACUUUAACCACAACCACCACCACAACUUUAACCACAUCCACCACCACAACUGUAACCACCACCACAAUUUUAACCACCACCACCACAACUGUAACCACCACAACCACCACAACUUUAACCACCACCACAACCACAACCACCAUCACCACAACUGUAACCACCACAACCACCACAACUUUAACCACAACCACCACCACAACUGUAACCACCACCGUAACCACAACUGUAACCACAACCACCACCACAACUUUAACCACAACCACCACCACAACUUUAACCACCACCACCACAACUGUAACCACAACUGUAACCACAACUGUAACCACAACUUUAACCACAACCACCACCACCACAACUUUAACCACAACUGUAACCACAACAACCACCACCACCACGGAGGCCCCGCCCUCCGUUGCCGCGGAGACGGAGGCCCCGCCCGCCGUUGCCACGGAGACGGAGGCCCCGCCCGCCGUUGCCACGGAGACGGAGGCCCCGCCCGCCGUUGCCGCGGAGACGGAGGCCCCGCCCGCCUUGGUUACCGCCGCGGUGACGGGCGGCCACUCGGUCACCACGGUAACGGGCAUCCCCUCGGUUGCCACGGUAACGGGCAUCCCCUCGGUUUCCACGGUAACCGAGGAGGUGGCGGUGGCGACAUGGUCGCUAUGA